CUAAUUGAGUAACGUCCGUCCUACAGGUGAAACCCUUAAAGGGGCCGCAGCACCCUCCUUCUCUCUUCCCCCCUCCCCCGCUUUUUCCUCCGGUUUCGUCGGAGGCGGCUGCGGUUUGCAGCAGCGUAGGAUGAUCGCUCCAGUUUCUGAACGAAGCAGCUGAUAAUCAAGGCGAGCAGCGACUGUUGAAAAAGAAAGUCUCCUUGGAGACGGAACAGGUACGUCGCGGCCAGAAUCCCCGCAGCGUUCGUCCAGCGGAGGAAGGGGCUGCUCAGAGGCCUCCACUUCACUUGUGAACAUGUCCCACUCUUACGAUAUGGCAAAGGCCCUUGGGGCUGAAGAAUGAGCUGUUCCUACAUUCGGUUCAGUAAGAUCUGCUUCCUGCUCUCAGUUAUCUUUUGUGCAGUCCUCCUCUUGCUGAUCCCCAAAUUCCAGGCUAAUUGGAGACCAGGAAGUUAUCCACAGCCUCAUCCACCUUCAGUUUCCAGUGCUUUGAACACAAGUGGGGUCCAGUUGCAGCAGGCAGAGUCAAGCUUAGUGGAUAAUUUGAAUGAUGAGACUAACAAUAUUGUACCUUUUGUGAAAGAAGAACUGAUACAAGAAUGGAGCCCUCAUGCCAUAGACACAGGGAGAUCCAGCCUGAAAGCUAACAGCAAGAUGAAUGAGAUCCCAAUUAAUCCAUGGUACAAUGGGAUGAAUCAAGUGGGAUCUGACGAGGUCUCUGCUAAGGAAAAGUUGGAGUUGAAGGAUCUCUUUAUUGCUGUGAAAACAACACGAAAAUAUCAUAAAACAAGGUUGAACUUGCUCUUCCAAACAUGGAUUUCCCAGGCUCAGGGGCAGACCUUUAUAUUUACAGACUGGGAGGAUCAGGAACUGCGUCACAGAGCAGGGGAUCACAUGGUCAACACCAACUGCUCAGCUGUUCAUACCCGCCAAGCUCUCUGCUGCAAGAUGUCUGUGGAAUAUGAUAAAUUCCUUGAAUCUGGAAAAAAGUGGUUUUGUCAUGUGGAUGAUGACAACUAUGUGAAUCUGCAAAAUCUCCUUCAUCUCCUGUCUGCCUUUUCACAUAGUCAAGAUGUCUAUGUUGGGAGACCAAGUCUAGAUCACCCCAUUGAAGCAGCAGAUCAUGUCCGCAAUGAUGGAUCAACCACUGUGAAGUUCUGGUUUGCUACAGGUGGAGCAGGGUUCUGUAUCAGCAGAGGUCUUGCCCUCAAGAUGAGCCCCUGGGCUAGCUUGGGGAGCUUCAUCAGCACUGCUGAGAGAAUUCGCCUCCCUGACGACUGCACAAUUGGCUACAUCAUUGAGGGCUUGCUAGAAGUGAAGUUGCAGCACAGCUCCUUGUUUCACUCGCAUCUGGAAAACCUGCAGCGGCUGCGUGGUGAGGUGGUGCUCAAGCAGGUUACCUUGAGCUAUGGGGGUCCUGAGAACAAGCAUAAUGUUGUGAGUGUGAGAGAAAUAUUCAGUGUACAGCAAGACCCAACUCGAUUCAAAUCUGUCCACUGUCUCCUCUACCCCAACACUGCAUGGUGCCCUCUUUAACCAAGAAGUGACAUCUGACUUAACCAUCACAUUUGUGUCCUGUCAGCUCUUUGAAUGAGCAACCAAGGCUGUCUGCAGGAGAAGAACAAUUAUGAGGUCAAAGCUAGUCCUUGGGCUGUUGGGAAGAUCUCUGGUCAUGCACGGUGUAAUCACCCGUAUUCAACAGACUCCUCACUAAGUCUCAUGGAUGUCUUUAGCUAAAGCUGAAUCCCUACUAUGCUGCAUUUGUACAACCUCAGGAAUGCAACAGUCUGGUACUGUAGCAAUAUGGUUGAGGGCUAAUCAUCAUAAAUAUGUUUGAAAUAUAAAGGACAAAACUUCGUUUUGAGACUGCAGGUAUGAAAACAGUAUAACAGGUUUCACCUGUUUGUUUUUUUCUAUUUUACUCACAUGUAAAUCAUUGUAGGAUCACCUUCGAAGUACUACAUAUAGUUUACCACUAAGCAAAUAAAAUGGAUUAGCAAAUUCAGAAGGCAUUCCUCCCCGAAACAUCUUGCUUUUGCUUUCUAAGCGAAGGCAAGAACAUGUUGUCUUUAUGGCCCUUUAAAAAGGCUGACUGUGCAAGUUAAGAAUGCAGUCCUAAGAAUCUUUUCCUGGAAAUAAAUCCUAUUGAUUCUGAGGAGACCUGCUUAAGGAUGCCACUUUAUAUGUCCCUCUUGGCUUGUUGUCUGUUUGAUAAGCUCUGCUAUAUACGAGUCUUCUGCUAGGACCUUCACCCAAAGUAUUUUUGCCUUGGAACAUUCUGCUCGUUAACCACUAUUUCAAGACAGUCAAAAUCUACGUUAUGUUGGCUGGACCACCAUACAAUCCUUGCUUUUUGUAUUGCAGCUGGAUAUUUGAUGUAUGCCAAAAUCAAUGUACUGGAUGUAUGACAAGAGAAUAUAAUUUGGCUCUUAUUCUGGGGGAAAAAUAAGAUACUAUUUAAGGGAUUUUUGUCUCUUCCAUUAGUGGUGAGGUCUACCCCAUGAAAGACAUUUUUGAGUAUCUAACCUGAGAGCGAUCAUACAGAAGUAAUGUUGCCGGUGGCAGUACUCACCCAAAAGCCAAAGGGGCUGCAUUCUGAAAUGAGGUGAAAGAAUGCAGUGCAUAGUCCUGAGAUGAAAUAAGCAAAAACCUUGCCCAGCAUAAAACCCUGCCCAGGGUCUUUGAUGAUGGGUAGGAUAUACAUUUACAGAAAUAAAUAAAUAAAAUGUCAAGAGAUGCAUAGUCUGAAUCUAUGGAUUAUGUCUGAAAAUACCAUAAAAUCUAAUACACCAAAUUUAAAAUGUUUCUGCAAAAGAAGUUAGUUCAUCAGUCUGCUAACAAAAAAUAUUCCAAGCUGUUAAAAAUGCUUUUCUGCAGUUUUGUCAUACACACAUAUAUAUAUGAUAUAUUUGUAUGAGAUGUGCAAGCUUUCUUAGGGUAAAUGUGCUAAAAAUCUGUUUUCAAAAAGUGCUAAGUACGCAAGUUGCUAGAGGUGGAGACAGUGUAAGCUUCUGGAAGAGUAUUUCUUUUGACCAUUCUCCCUUCCGAAGAAGCAACACCUGGACAAAACAAUCCUUCUGGGCAAAGGAGAAGGAAUUAAACCGUUCUUAGAAUAAUUGCCUUAAAUGUUUGGUUUUUUGCAGCUUUUGUGCCUUAUGCACAUAAUGCACCUCUGGGAAAUAUAGCUGUCAGACGUGCCCAAGUGUUGCAGGCCCAAGGGAACAGUUACGAUUAUGUUUGCUAACCUGCUGAUAUUUGACAGUACAACUCCUUUCGGUCCCUGUAGUAGCAUUAGCAUGUAGCACAAUCUGCAUGUUAGGCGCUGCUGCCACAGCUGAUGCAUCUCUGAUGUCGUCAAAACUGGCAUUUAGAGACAAAACUCAGAAACAAUAUUAGCUAUGUGCCUUUUAUAACACAUGUGGGUAUGGAAGUGGAAUGUGGUUUCCGACAUCAAAUUUAAACCCCCACAAUUGCAGAAAAAUGUAUGUUAGUGUUUUGUCAGUUAAAAACAGAUAAGAGGGGCAGGAUGUGGCUUAGGGGCGCAGGCGGGCUUCUGCUGUGCUGUGUUCUCUGCCUUAUCUUAUGUUUUCUGCCCUUUCCAUUAUUAUAUUGUGUAUGUCCUCCUUUUCCACUACUUCUAUGCCAUCUGAAGCCCUAACAUUGAAAUUCAGUGAAUUCUCAGAUUUUGGACAAUGGCAUGAUAAAUUAUGAAUGCAUCAUCUGGUUUCCUUGGCACAUAAUUUUGCAGUGUCGGCUUUACUGUAUAUCUGCUUCUUGUUCGUGCAGAGCACUCACCUAAAGCAAGUGAUUUGGACUGCUAAAUUGUGUUCAUCUGUACACAAUGAGACUGUUGCAGCUUUAACGGCCCUCACAGAAUGCAGGAGCAUUCCCCGUGGAAGUUACCCAUCCUCCUUUCUUCAAAUAAAUAUUUUCAGAAGUA